GCUUCCAUGUCCCAACCACACCUAACAACACCUAACCACACCUAACAACACCUAACCACACCUAACCACACCUAACAACACCUAACAACACCUAACAACACUACAGAACAGCAGGUAGGUACAAGAUGUCAGAAAACAAACCAACUCUGCUCUCCUACGAGAAACAGGCCCUAAUGGACCUACUCACAGAGGACUGUUUGGUGGUUCUAGCUGAAGGUAUACUCUACCACAACAUCCUGCUCUCAUACCUGGACAGUUUCUCCAACCCCGGCACUCUGGUCCUGGUGGUGGACUGUGAGGAUGUGCUUGAGGAAUGGUUACUGGAGAAACUCACCAUCAGUGAAAGCACUGUGGUUCCUCCGAAGAAGGUGACGUCUGAACUUCAUGUUGAGAAGAGGAUGGAUCAUUAUCUUCAGGGUGGGGUUCAGUUCAUAUCUAAACGAAUUCUUGUGAUUGAUCUGUUGUGUAAGAGGAUUCCCGUUGAUCUUAUCACGGGGAUUAUCUUCUUUAACGCACACUAUGUCAGAGACACUUCAAUAGAGUCCUUUAUAACUAGACUCUUCCGAACAGAUAAUAAAACUGGAUUCUUAAAAGCUUUCUCCUCCAGUCCUAUUCAGCUCAAUAAAUUUAACCAGGCUGAGAAAUGUAUGAGGCAUCUGUUUCUUCCAAGAAUUCAUCUUUGGCCUAGAUUUCACGCCAAUAUCUCAGAGUGUAUUGAUAAGCACAAGUGUGAGGUGAUUGAACUUCACAUUCCUUUAACGGAUAUCAUGAAAAACCUGCAGAUUUGCAUCAUAGAUUUGUUACAUUUCUGUAUGAAGGAAGUCAAGAAGCACAUUCCCUCGUUAGACUCUGAUUUCUUUGUUGUAGAAAAUGCUGUUGCUAAGGAUUAUUUCCGAUCACUAAAAAAAGUGUUGAAUCCGAUGUGGUCUCACCUUGGUUCGAACACUAAGCAACUUGUUGAGGACAUAAAGACCAUCUCUAGGCUAAACAACCAGUUAUUACAGUGUUCGGCAGUCAGGUUCUACGAGGUUGUUCACAAACUUAAACCCACUGGAGCGUCUAGAAGCAGUAGGGUGUGUUUGUGGAUGUUCACUGAAGCGUUCGGUAGACUUCUCUCAUUGAGCAAGCAACGAGUUGAGCAAAGGGAUGCAGAAAAGAUAGAGCUAUCACCCAAAUGGGAGGCCAUCCAAGAGAUUCUGGCAGAGAUCAAAUCAGAAAAUAAAGGUCAAGCCUCUAAAAACACUCUUUUCUGUGUUUCCAGCAAUGCUACUGCGAGGCAAAUUGUCAGAUUCAUUAAGUAUGGCGAAGUCUCAACGUUAGCAGAGGAACUUCUCAGCACACAGAAACACCAGGGAGUAGAGACUGAAGAAACUAAUGAGCAAGAGCAGGGACUUGAGGCCAGUCAUAACAUUUACUUCUUGGUUGAAAACAGGUACACCAUGAUAAACGAACAUCUGAACUCUUUAAAUCCUACCUAUGUGAUCCUCUACGAUCCUGAUCUGUUCAUGGUCCGAUCUCUUGAAAUGUUUCGUUGUAGAAGGCCAGGGAAACCUCUCAGGAUAUACUUCCUGGUUUAUGAUAACUCAAUAGAGGAACAACGUUACCUAACCCAAUUAUCAGAAGAGAAGAAAGCGUUUGAACAGCUGAUCAUGAUGAAGGGAAACAUGACAGUCUACACUGACCAGGACGGUAAAGAGGGAACUAAUGCUAUGCUAGAGAGGGGUAAACAAGGCCUCAAGUUCAAGGAUUUGGAGAGUCAGGACUCAAGGCAGAACAAGGUGAAAUCCUUCCCUAAAGUUAUUGUUGAUAUGAGGGAUUUUAGGAGUUCUCUUCCUUCAAUUCUCCACAAAUCAGGUAUUGAUCUGGUCCCUAAGACUAUCGAGAUUGGUGAUUAUAUUCUGACUCCUGAUAUUUGCAUCGAAAGAAAGAGUAUAAUGGAUCUGAUUGGCUCGCUAUCAAGUGGAAGAUUGUUCCAACAAUGUCAGUCCAUGUGUAACACAUACAAACACCCCAUGUUGCUGAUAGAGUUUGACGAAGCUAACGGUUUCUCUCUACAAAACUACUCCAGUGUAUCAGACUCUGUGGUUACAACCUCCCUUCAGACCCAGCUAACACUCAUCACCCUCCACUUUCCCAAACUCAGGAUGAUCUGGAGUCAGUCUGAGUACACUACUGCUAACAUUUUCCAUGAGCUAAAGAAAGGUAAGGAUGAUCCGGAUGUGGCUACCAUUGAGGGCAUAUCUAAAGAAUCCAGCAUCACCACCAGUGAGUUUAACCACUCUGCAGUUAACUCCUUGUUGCAGCUUCCCGGGAUCACAUCUAAGAAUUAUUUUUUGUUGGCGAGAAAGUUUCAGAGUUUGUUAGAGGUUUCUGCUGCUUCUAAAGAGACGUUAUCAGAAGUUUUAGAAAAUAAAGAAGAAGGCAGGGCCUUGUUCGAAUUUUUUAAUCAAGUUGAGAGUAAAAAUAAGCCUGACGAGAAGGUAACAGGUGCUAAAAGUAAAUACGCUAAAUUUAAGAAAUUCAGGAAGAAAUAGAUGUGUUCGAUUUUAAGCUUUUAAGAGAAACUUUUUUAAAGACUGUAUUUUGAAUAAUUUUAUACAACUUAAUACUCAAGUAUCUUAAUAAUUUAUUUUUCCGUGUCCCGCCCAGAUAAUAUAAAUAACAGAAGAUAAUUGUGGUAUGUCUAUAAUCCAUUGUGUAUUUGUUAACUUGAUACAAUAUGUUUUAACAAUAUCUUUACUUCAAGUCAGCUAGUAAUUUACUGUGCAUGUUACAUGUCAGGAUCUGGAAACUGUCCAGGUCACGUGACUCAUUGUCUGUGUCACGUGACUCAUUGUCUGUGCUUGUGAGGAGAGCAUUAUCUGUGAGCUGACAGAUAAAGUUGUACGCUGCUUGAUACGGCUCACGUAUCAUGUGUUAGUUUUUCCGGCGCUGCAUCAUGUAUCUGAUUAUUGUACUUGUUUUGUUUAUUUAAAGCGUUAUCUUAGUGAUGUUUUGUGAUUAUUGUACUUGUUUUGUUUAUUUAAAGCGUUAUCUUAGUGAUGUUUGUACUUGUUUUGUUUAUUUAAAGCGUUAUCUUAGUGAUGUUUGUACUUGUUUUGUUUAUUUAAAGCGUUAUAUUAGUGAUGUUUGUACUUGUUUUGUUUAUUUAAAGCGUUAUCUUAGUGAUGUUUGUACUUGUUUUGUUUAUUUAAAGCGUUAUCUUAGUGAUGUUUGUACUUGUUUUGUUUAUUUAAAGCGUUAUCUUAGUGAUGUUUUGUCAGUUCAAGCUGUCCGUGUUAUGUUGCCAGUAAAUAUUUCUUCAGGGGUUUGUUUGUGUUUUAUUCAGUAGCGUGCCCAAACUAUACCCUGGAUUUUCCUUGUGAGACAAGAGAAACGCCAUCUUAGGACGUGAGUAGAGAAAGGACUUCUCGGACUACAUUUAGGUGAUUCCUUCUGUAACGUCCUCAAUAAAUGUAAUACAUUUGUAGUGUUGUAAUUAGCACAAUAC